CUAGUAAACCAAGUUCCCUGAGAAUGAAAGCCGGGCAACAGCAACAGCAACACCAUUCAUGGAAACUGAAUGUUCAUGCCAAGGCCAAGAACUUCAAUUUCAAAUUGGUAGCUUCCAAUUUCUUACCCAAUUCCAAGUAUUUCCCAUUUUCUCUCAAAUUCAAGUACUGCAGAUUCUUCAUCCAUCUCAAUUCUCAAACAUUCAUCUCUCCGAAUCCCCAGAAACCUAAAUCUUUCAAAUCAAAACUCCAUCGAUUCCUUCAGAGACUCCGCCGACGACGCAAGAACAACAGAGUCACCAGUUCCAAACCAAAGAACAAGGCAGCCAUUUCUCAGAGUUCAGUGGUGUUAGGGAAUCUGGUCCUUUUCCUUCAAUCAAUCUAUCAAGGGGAUAAAGAUGGAAUCUUUAUACUUGGUUCUAUUGUUAUUAUUUGCUUUGCUUCCUUAUUUAAAAAAUUCAUGGCAAGAAAAGCUUGGAUUUUGUUGGUUUUCGUAACUGGUGCCCUAGUUUUUUUCUCGAAUGUGAUGCAUUUCAGAUUCAGAAGCCAGUUUGAUCAUCAGCACUAUCUGUCUGGAUUCUUUUGGAGGGCUUUCAAAAAUGUUGCCUCCUCUGCCUGUUUUUAUAUACUAUCUCAGGUGCUUACUGCUAUAUCUAGACUAAUAUGACUUUUCUAGGGCCAAAGUCUAAUUUGAAUGUGCUAAAUCUGAUUGUUCUGUUGCAAAUUUCAGUGUCAAAUUGUCCUCUUAAUUAGUAUACCUUUGUUGGAAAUUUCAAAGUCAAAUUGUUCUUCUGUUGCUUCAUUUGCUUUCUUUCUAUCUUGAUAUUUUUUCUGUCAUAUUUUGCUUGCAAUCCUGCUUUGAUUACCUUCAAGGAUCUAUUGGAGCCAACCUCUCUACCCUGCAAAGGUAGAGAUUCUGUUGUUUGUGUUCUUUAUAAAGUCAAGUUGUAUGGUUUUACAUAAAUGUUACUCCUAUAUGAGACUAUAUAUUGUAAAACACUGAAGCAUAUGGUGCAAAAAGUGCAUAAUGGAGACAAGGGGAACUGACUGAUAGGGGAAACUGCUGCUAAAUGAAGAUAGGUGGAAUGUGUGACAGGGGGAACAUGUUUGUCUUCAAAGUGUUUGCUGAAAUGAUUGCAUAGUUUGUCAUCAUCAAAAAGGGGAAAAAUGUUAUAACGUUGGAAAAUCAAUUUUGAUGAUUGACAAACUUGAUGAAGGGACCUGGUACCUCCUCUAAAGCAUUUUCGCCAAGUCAAAUAGCAUAACUGUAAAGUGUACUGUGUCUGCACAGUGCGGCAAAGUGGUAUGGCAGUGUAGCAGCAGGACCUACCAAUAAGAAGAGGUUAAGGUUUUUCCCUUUCUCCCUCUCUCAUUGAUAAGAAGACUUGAAAGAGCAAAACCAAAACUUUUGCAACAGUGAAAAAUAUUGCUGUUGUCUCAAAAGUAUGGGCUGUCUCAGCUUCCACAUCAUGAACACCUGAACUAUAAGGGACCUGCUCUUAUCUAUCGAAGUUGUUACUUUAUUCCUUGUUGUUCGGUCUUGGUUCUUGUGCUAAACAUUAUAAAUCUACUCUUAUUUAUGAAGCUUGUAUAGGUAUUGUUUCUUCUCCUUAUCUUUUAGAUUUGAGUUGUUGGCUAUAGUUAGCCGUGGUGUAUUGUUGGAAUCUAUAUCAACUAGAAUUAGUUGGUAUAGUAAGAGAGCAAUACAGUAAUUACACUAGAAUUUUGCAAUAGAGUUGUUGCUCGGGGGAAGGGAUUAAGAAUUCAAUUCCCAGGUUGCAAGAGUUUGUAAUAUGAAACCUUUGUGUUUAGUGACGUUGUUG